AAGAUGGCGGAUGGGGACAGUGGCAGCGAGCGCGGCGGCGGAGGAGGCGGAGGAGGCAGUGGAGGAGGUGGAGGCAGUGGAGGAGGUGGUAGUGGAGGAGGAGGUGGAGGUAGUGGAGGAGGCGGCGGGUUCCAGCACUACCAGCGGGACGCGGAGACCCAGGAGCUGGCCUCCAAGCGGCUGGACAUCCAGAACAAGCGGUUCUACCUCGAUGUGAAGCAGAACGCCAAAGGCCGGUUCAUCAAGAUCGCGGAGGUCGGCGCCGGGGGCUCGAAAAGCCGCCUGACCCUCUCCAUGUCCGUGGCGGCGGAGUUCCGCGACUACCUGGGGGACUUCAUCGAGCACUACGCCCAGCUGGGGCCCAGCAGCCCGGAGCAGAUCGCGCAGUCCUCCGGCGGGGAGGACACCGGGCCUCGGCGGGCCCUGAAGAGCGAGUUCCUGGUGCGGGAGAACCGUAAAUACUACCUCGACCUCAAGGAGAACCAGCGGGGCCGCUUCCUCCGGAUCCGGCAGACCGUCAACCGAGGGCCCGGGUUCGGCGUGGGAGCCGGUGGCCUCCCCGGGUCCGGGCUGCAGACCGGGCAGACCAUCGCCCUCCCGGCCCAGGGCUUGAUCGAGUUCCGCGACGCUUUGGCCAAGUUGAUCGACGACUACGGCGGUGACGAGGAGGAGCUGGCCGGCGGAGCAGGGCCCGGGGGCUUCAGCGUGCUCCCGGAGGGCACCUCCAUCAUGGUGGACUCCAAGCGGUUCUUCUUCGAUGUGGGCUCCAACAAGUACGGAGUGUUCCUGCGGGUGAGCGAGGUGAAGCCCAGUUACAGAAACUCUAUCACGAUCCCCUUCAAGGCGUGGGGCAAGUUCGGGGGAGCGUUCAGCCGCUACGCCGAGGAGAUGAAGGAGAUCCAGGAGAGGCACCGGGAGAAGAUGUACGAGAGGAGGACCGGAGAGGAGUCGGAGGGCGACGACGUGGACGACGACUGAUGGAGCGGAGGAGGCCACUUGUGAUGAAGCUGAAAACGUGAUGCAAAGUCUGGAGAUAAACAAGAGAGAGAGAUGAACGACUAUUCUGUGCAUGACGAAAAAAAAACAACGGAGUAACAUAAAAAGUAUAUUUGACUGAGAAAUUACUGUCUAUAUAAGAGAUUCAUGUCCUAAAGUGUAGGUGGAUGUUAUAGCUAAAUGAGUGCAGACAGUAGUCAGCUCCUGUAUGAGACCCCACCCCAUUGAUAAAGAAUAUUAUAUAUGAAUAUAUAUCUAUAUAUAUAGAUUGUCCAUUAGAAAACCUCACACGUGUAGCCCAGCAAAUUAAGUUUGACAACGACCACGCAGCCUCACUUCCUGGUUGAUACCCAAUGGCAAGAGCUCACCUGGCGCUGACCCGUGAUGAGGAGGAAGUGCGUCCCACUCCGACCAGCAGGUGCAGAGUGGGAGUGAGACGCCUGCAUCACCCACCAUGGCUGUGUGUGUUCAUUUGUCUGAAGUGACCUGUAACAUACGGUCGUCCAGACAGACCCACAACACUCAGAGCCACGGUCUUCAGCUGUAUGAGGGGGGGGGGGGCAAUCCCUGGCACCACAGGACGACCUCUAGUCCCCGAGAGGUCCCACGGGGUGACCUGCUACAAGCACACGACUCGUUUGGAUUCCCUGGACACUCCAGAUAAGUCCAAAUGAUGUCCCUUCCUUCUUCCCUCGCUCCCUCCCUCAGGUGCUGACCUCCUGCUCCGACAGCUGAAGUGUGGAGAGGCCUGCUCACACGUGGCAAAGCCCGUCCGUCUUUUUGGGGCGGGGGGGGGUGUAUCAGCAUUUUCUCGAGGUCCUGGGUGCAGAUCUGUGGCAACUGAUGCUGUUUCAGAUGAUGCAGGGCCUCGUUUGACCCCCGUGACCCUUUGGUCGACGGAGACGCGGCGAGCUCAGGCCUCUUAGCACUGGCCACGGUUUUCCGAGUUAAAGCUUGAGCUACAGUCCCGAGGCACACUGACCUCGUUGACAUAUUUAGGAUGCGCUAUUUGGAUCCUUUAAAUCCUGAACUCAGACCAUUAAUGACUGAAGUAACAUUCAGUCCGAUUGUAAGAAAAAUUUGGUGCUUUUGGAAAAUACACAACCCACAGUGGGGUGCUGUACUUAUAGAAAAAUAUAUACUGGAAGAGAUUUACUUACUAAAAAGAUCAAGUAUAGAUAGACUUAUUUUUCAAAAGAGAUAUAUUGAAAUAUGUCUUAGGAACAUGAGACAUUUAUAAGAUAACGCUGCCUAAAGUGGCUUAUUUAAAACACUAAACUUGGAUGCAACUGUCCAGGGUGAUAUUUCAUACCUGCUUUUUUCCUAACCUUUUCUUUUAUUCCUUAGAGGAAAUAACAAAAACAAAAAAAAGAGUACAUCAAAUUGAUAACAAAGUAUGUUAUAGCAAUUUCUAGAAAACGACUUCAUUGAAGUAGUUUGUCAGCAAACACUCAGCACUCCAGUUCACUUUACAGAGCAUCGAGUUGUCCCCUCGUUUCAGUCCACACGUUUUUACCAUGUUUGUCAUAAACUGGCUUUCCAUCAGUUGCCAUACGGCGCAAAAAUAAACACCCACAGUCAUCAACUUUUUGUCUUUAGUGCUCCUUUUAAAAAUAUGAUAAUUUUUGCAUGCCUGCUCUUGCGCGGAGCUGCCUUGUGUUCUUUUCUUUUGCAUACUCUGAUUGCUGUAUGAUGGUAUUUAUCCUGAUUUUUUGUUCUGAGAGCGGUUUCAAGUUUUAUUUCUAUAUUGCAACAGAGAAAAAAAAAGGUUUAAAGUUAACUUCUCAGCGUAAUAAUAAAAAAAAAUAAGCCACCGACUUCCCGUGCUUUGGGGAACGUCACCUUCAUCGUCCCGCUUCCUUCGGUGUGUAAACCUCUCGUUGAAUUUUACUUUACCCAUUUCAACACAGCAGAGACAUGCCAUAUGACAAAAAAAAUACUCAAUAUCUGGGAGCAAUAGUUUUUUUUUUCUUUCUUUUCUAUUGAUAUAAAUAUACUAUAUAUAAUAUUACACAUGAGAUUGAACUACAUCCUUCUUCCUGUACUGUGUUACGUGAAAUGGCAGCUGUUUCAGUCAUGUGUGUUCUGCUGUAAUAUUCUACCAAGUUCCUUUCAACGAGAAAUAAAAAAAAACGUUUUUUGCUCA